ACAUCCUAAUUAGACCCUCAUCCGUGGGAUCUUCUGAGCUAAACACCCACCUAGAUCCCGACCGUUGAGUUUAAAAGGAACUCAAUUCUGCAUCAUUACUAUAUUGACUCCAUCAUGUCCACGACUACGGCGAGCAAAAUGGCUAACGACACCGAAGCCCAGCAAACAUCUCCGCCAUCAUGCAGCAGCCGCAACAUCGAGCUGGAGAACGUAGCGCAGAUACCCCGCGUUAUGUCCUCCCGCGUAGAGAGGGGUUGCUUUACUCUACCUAACAUGCCGAAGAUCUUCCACAAUAAGAAGUUCUGUUUCGCUAUAUGGUCACUCGUUUAUAUCGGCCUUUGUGGAGUUGUCACCGAGUUCCCUAUCGAGAUCGGAGAGAAGAUCAUUAUAUGCAUCUUCGCAGUGCCCGUACGUCUUCCCACUGCUUCCUCUAACGCUGACAUUGCUGACAAACAAGACCUGCAUGGUUUCGCUUUCAGCAGCAGCUAUAAUGUUUAUUGCUGUUCUGAACAGUUUCACUAUCGGGGGCGCUCUCUGGCUACUUACCAUGCUCGGCUACGUUCUUGGAUGUGUUUUUAUAUAUCUGGAGUGUAAAAGAGAGAACUUCAAGAGCCCUGAGGACUUUGGACGAACUGUCCUUUUCUACUGGUUGUUGAUACUGCCUGUUAGUAAAGCC